AUGUCAUCCAUUGCAAGAAAAAAACGAAGAACGAAUGGAUCUAAUAAUCGUAAUAAGGACUUGCAACACCAGAAACUCAUCAAAUCAGUGGAUUCUUUCUUGAAAUCGAUAGCUUCAGCUGAUAUAAGGCUGACAAAGAAAUGCAGUAUUUGUGCCGACAAGGAUUCAUCGUUUGGGAACCUCCGACCUCUGAUGAAGGCAUUGGAAAUAUCUUGCCACGGAAUUCCUUGGCUCUUAGGAACAGUCGGCAUGUUACUAACCCUUCAUAAAGCAGCUCAUAUAGAAGUUCUCGUUAAUUUAUUUAUAGGUCUUAUUGGUGACCUGAUAAUAGUGGCAUUUCUGAAGUUCCUGUUCCAGCGUCCAAGACCAGCGCACAAUAAAAUGGACAUGUUUGCAACAGUUUCUGUUGACAACUAUUCAUUUCCUUCUGGCCAUGCUACAAGAGCAGCAAUGGUGGCCUUCCUACUAGCUGAAAGAUUGGUUGUGAAUUCAUCAUUCCAUGGACUUCUGUUGCUGUGGUCAGUUUUCGUUACUGCAUCCAGACUAAUGCUUGGACGUCAUCAUGUUAGUGAUGUCCUUUUCGGUUACCUGAUUGGAUAUGUUCAGUACUGUGUGUUAUCCAGUUACUGGCUGUCUCAACAGACCUGUAUGUAUCUAGUAGAACCAAUUUUCAGGAAUUUGCAUCAUUAACAUUGUAGAUUGAUUGGCAGCUAAAUUUCCAAU